UGCGCGGGGAACUGGGUCCUGAACACAGAGAAGAGGGGAGGGGCGGGGGGCUCGGAGCUGGAGGAGUGGGAGGAGGGGGCUCAGUCCCCAGCCCUCCCCCUCACGUAGCGAUCCUUCAGCCGUCUGCAGCCCCACACAGCAGAGUACCUGGCAAGCAGUAGGUGCUCAGGAAGUAAGAGUGGAGCGAAGGCACUGAACAGCAGCCACCGUGGAGUGCGCUCUUCAUUUCGGGCGCUCCUCCAAGCCCCUUCCCUGCAAUUUCAAACUGGACAGGCAGAAGCAUUCAGCCCUGUUUCACGGAGAAGGAAACAGGUUCAGAGCGGUAACCUCCAUCCAGUCCUGGAUUAAGUGGGAUUCUGGCCUCGCGGGCGCGUCCCAUCGCUCUCUCCACUCGCGCGGGGCUCCCCGCCACCCCCCGCACCGACCCAGCCCCUUGAAAGACAGGGAGCAGCGAGCCUCGUUUUACAAGAUCUAAAUAGAGAGGCGGACCAUCGCAGAAACAGGGGCUGGGGAUCCAGGCCUUGUCCCCGGAGGACGCUUCUCUUUCACUACCCCCCAGCUACCUGCUCAACUCCUUUCCUAGGAAACGUGCGGGAGAGGGUUGAAAAGCCAGAGGAAACGAAGAAGGAACUGAGUCAGGGCGGGGCGGGGAACAGGGGCUUGCGGGGCGGCUCAACCAUGAAUAACCCGGAACGGUCUCCGGAUCUUUCACGGCCGAGAAAGAGUAAUGACUCCAGGAGACUGCGAAUUUGGGCCUCCUGGAGCCUGCAGUGCCUGCUGUGUGGGAGGACCGGGAAGUGCCAGGUGGAAGAGUGUGCCCGUGGCCAGGACCUCUGCAGGACCACGACCUUGCGCAUAUGGGAAGGAGGUGAAGAGCUGGAGGUGGUGGAGAGAGGCUGUGCCCACCCCGAGAAGAGCAACAGGACCAUGAGCUAUCGGACAGGCACGCAGAUCAUCACUCUUACAGAGGCCCUUUGUGCUACCGACUUGUGCAACCAACCCAGCCCUGGUCGGACUUCCACCUUUCCCCGAACCCGAAACCGUUACCUCGAAUGUGUUUCCUGCGCCUCCUCAGAUCUGAGCUGUGAGAGGGGCUGGGAUCAGAGCCUACAGUGCCGCAGCCCUACAGAACAGUGUGUGGAAGUGGUGACCCACCGGAGCCUGGAAGGCAGUCCAAGGGAUGAGCACCACACCCGCGGCUGUGGCAACCUUCCGGGCUGCCCGGGCCCCACCGGCUUUCACAACCACCACACCUUCCACUUCCUGCAGUGCUGCAACACCACCAAAUGCAACGGGGGCUCAGUCGUGGAGCUUCAAAACCUGCCUCUGAAUGGCCUCCAGUGUUACAGCUGUGAGGGAAACAGCACCCAUGGAUGUUCGGUGGACGAGUCUUCCCUGACCGCCUGCCAAGGCCCCAUGAAUCAAUGUCUGGAAGCCACGGGCACUAAUGGGCUGGGCAACCCCAUCUACACAGUACGAGGCUGCGCGACCCCCUCAUGGUGCCAGAGUCUCCAUGUGGCUGAAGCCUUCAGCCUGACCCAUCUCAACGUCUCAUGCUGUACUGGAACCGGUUGUAACAGUGCUCCCCGGCUUGGUCCUGCCCACCUCAGCCUCACCACCACCCUGCUUAUAACCGCCAGACUAUGGGGAGGCACUCUUCUCUGGACCUGACCCCCUCAUACACUCCCCCUACCCUGGCUGGAUCCAGGGGAGCCCUUUGCCCUCCCCUUAGCUCCCAGCCCUUCAGACUUGCUGUGUUACCUCAGGCCAGUGUACUGUUCUCUCUGGGUCUCAAUUUUCCCAGCUGUCUCACAGAGUUGGAGAACCAGAGGAGAAAAGCUGGAGAAAGACUGCAGGCCAGCAGGAGAGGUCUUGUUAUGUUAGCGUUUUUGUACCAUUGUUGUUAUUAUUAAUUAAUAUUUGUUUUAUUUAAUAUUUUAUACUUAAAUAAAGAUUUUUGUACCAGUGAA